CUACUGAUGUGCUUAUAACCUGCUACAAUACAUGCCAUUAAUUUCUGUAUCAUGCUUCUAACAUCUAAUAAUAAUUUAUUAACCCAUAUGUGGAAUCUUGCUACCAAGUAUGAAGGAAAGUUUUUUCCAUGUAGUGAAAUACUGAUUUGAAACAGCUCUGUUUUAAAAAAAUUGUCAUUAUCUUAUGAGGAAUAGAUUUCUCCUUAAGAUGUCCAUAGAGUUUUCCCAAGAAUUUUGGAUAUUAUAUCUCUUUCUCCUGCCUUUUGAAUGUGUAGGCUAUUUGGAGUGUAAGCUCUUCGGGGCAGAGCCUGUCUCUUCAUGUGUGUAUAUAUGGCACCUAGCACAGUGGGGCCCUGCUCUCAGUAGAUCACCAGGCAUUACUGGAAUAAACAUAACUUGAUGAAUGUAUUUUUCUUUAGUGACAAGUACCUGAUAAAUGUUGAUUUGAUACUUGUAAGGUUUAAUAUUCUUAUCUUGACAUUUGUCAUUACAGUAACUUGGGACAUUCUUAAAUGCAAUGAACCUCUUGCACACCAUUUUUGCAUUUGAUAAUGUGUUAAUAGAAAUGUGUGUGUAUCCGUUGUCUCUGUAGAACAAUCUUUCUGUGCUUCCUUAAGUGUUAGCAAGAUCAGAACCUAUCAUGCAUAUAAGUAUGCAUCUGAGUGCUUCAAUUUAUUUCAGUGGCACUACAUGUGAGUAGGGUUACACACCUGCCUAAGUGCAUAACCCAUUCUGAUAGUGUGGCUAUCUGUCCACUUCCAGCGUCUGGAGCACAGCAUAGUAGUCAGGUCUGCUACUGUCUCUGAUGUAAUGCCGCUGCUUCUUUUGCUCCAGCAGUAAGAGAGUCAUGCCUUUAGCUCCAGCAGUCCCAGAUCCAGUCCCCACAGAUAGUCUCAGCAGGGUGUCACUGCAAGUGUUUGCAGGAUCAGGGCCUUGGAUGUCCAAGCCAUUCAUGUUUGCUUGAUUAAUUCACACGCCAGGGGCACAGAGGGAAGCUCCUUGCAUAGCCACUCUGCCUGGCUCUUGAAUGCCCACAUCAUUCCAUGCAAAUAUGCACACGCUCUGCCCCACCCAUCCUCCAGGAACCAGCUUUCUUGUUUAGUAACAAUUCUCAUUUCCUUCCAUUAGUGCAAAGUGCUUUUUUGAGAAUGUGUCAUCACCACUUCAGAGCUGUCAGUCAUGUGGAAGAGAUGAGGCGUAUGACUGGUGUGUGGGUGACGGAUGAAUAGAACUUCAGACCAUCUAUGGGAAAAACUGGAGACAACCUGACACAGUCAAAACACUUAUAAAUAUCCAAUAUCCAUGACUCUUCAGGGAUCUUCACCUUUCCUUGAGACGAUAACAAGCCUCAUUAGAUCCUCUCCAGUAACCUAGAUAUUGUCCUUUGGGGGAGACAGAGGUGAGACUGCCAUUGUACUGGGAGACAACUCAUUGCUUUUGCAUCACAUCACUUCAUUUCUCUCAGGGUUCACUGGCUUGCCGACAAUGUGUGUAGGGAAGUGCACUCGGAUUCUGGGCCCAUGCCUCAUUGCCUUGGGUGUGCUUUCCAUUGCUGCCAACGUGCUCCUCCUCUUCCCCAGCUGGACGUGGAGCUAUCUGAAGGAGGGCCACAUAACCAAACAGGCUAUGCAAGUGCCAGGCAUCUGGGGAGGAGGCAUAAUUGUUCUUCUGGCUGCAACUCAGAUCACGGCUGUUGGGUGGCACUGUGGCCAUUCCUCCGACUGCAGAACUUGCCGGAAUAUGUUUCUUUCCAUUGUAUUGUCGGGGCUGGCGUUGCUGGGAUCUACUGCUUGCUUUAUCCUUUCGGGUGUGGGCUUGACAAACGGACCCCUCUGUCUAUACAACCAGACUGAAGUCCCGCAGUGGGAUUACCCUUUCAUAAACAUGGAAAACCAGGCCUUCCACACCAGGGCUCAGAAUUAUUUGUAUGACCAAUCUCUCUGGAAUUCAGUCUGCAUUGAGCCCCCGAAUGUUGUAGCCUGGAAUAUUUAUUUCUUCUCUGUUCUGCUGGUCAUCAGUGUGGUCGAAAUGGUCCUGGCUUCUCUUCAGAUCAUCAAUGGCUUCUUUGGAUGCCUCUGUGGCUUAUGUGAAGGCAAAUAGGUUCAGUGCACAUCAGAUUCCCGUGUUGCCUGGAUUUUGCUGUGCAAAGUAGAGGUGGCAUUUACAAAGGUGUGAUCAUCCCAGAGCUUUGAGCCUCUACAUCAACUACACCUGUGCAAAUAUUAAACCGAUCAUGGUCUCCUGGGUAGCCAUAUUACUCAUCACUACAAGGACAUUUAAUACACACUAGAAUCACUGCCACCAUUUUAUACCUGGGUGGCAGCUAGAGCUGGAUAUCAGACUUAUUCUUUUGUGUGAUGGAGCUUUGAUUAGUUUCUGUAUGAACACAUUGUACUGAAUUGAUGUGGCCAUUAUAUGAAUACCCUUUGAUUUCUACAGGCCCAAACCCAGGAGGAAGCGGAAAUAAUCCAUGCUAACUGUUUACCUUCAUCUGGGAAGGGUGUGAUGUCCCUUAGCGCCAGAUUCAGGAAAUACACAGACCCUUUGUCAAGGGAAGAACACUGUGCACGUCUGGAAAGAAGCCAAGACCUAGGGCACUAGACACGACAAAUUCUGCACAUGCAAGGGAUUGCUUUGAAGAACAAAUGAAUCCUGCGUCAUCUGAUCUGGAUUUUCCCACCCUGUGGUUUCAUCUGUGCUGAGGCAAUGCCUGUAACUAGUGGCUUGAAACUGGCCUGUCUGAGGGCUGAUGAUUAACAGAGACUAUGGAUGAACUAUGCUUGAGCUGACAUUUUUCUUAAUGACAAAGUGAUGGAUGGGGGCAUCACUUGGGACCAAUAACCUUUGACCUUUAUUCCUCAAAGAAAAAUAGCCAUGAGCCCCAUUUUUUCCUGUUUGCACAACCCAUAUGACUAUGUAGCAAUAUUUAUAGUGACAUUAGUCCAAAACGUGGUUUAUUUUUUCACUGUUUAAUUUAUUAAUCUAAUAAAUCUGAAUUUAGACA